AUGUCAUCAUGUCACCAUCACCAUCACGAUCACCCUCACAUCACCCCCCUCCACAUCACCAUCACCCCCCUCCACAUCACCAUCACCCUCACAUCACCCCCCUCCACAUCACCAUCACCCUCACAUCACCCCCCUCCACAUCACCAUCACCCUCACAUCACCCCCCUCCACAUCACCAUCACCCUCACAUCACCCCCCUCCACAUCACCAUCACCCUCACAUCACCCGCACUCCCACAUCAUCAUCCCCACCACCAGUUUUGUGGUGGUGCAAGUGGGGUGGGGGUUCUGUGACAUGACGUGCCCUGCUGGUUCCUACCUGGACGGGGACAAGUGUCGCAAGUGCAAGCCCGGCACGUACAGCAUGGGGGGAGGGAUCCGUUUCGAUGCUUUCUAUGAGCUUGAUGACCGGUUGUUCCAGACGGACUGCACCCACUCCAACUCCUCCGGUUCAUUCAAGUGCGACGGGUGGUAUGCAGCAGGCGGCCAGCUCAAAGCCGGCCCGUGGUAUGCAGCAGACGGCCAGUUCAAAGCCGGCCCGUACGACCCACCCAAUGAAUGGACGACUGCUCCCAGGGGUCGUACAACUGCCACAGCAACGCGCUCCCUACCGUCUCUCACCUCCCUCUCUUACCUCUCACCUUCUUCGUGUCACCUCCUUCUCUCCAUCUGUGCUGUGCAGGACGACUGCUCCCUGGGAUCCUACAACUGCCACAACAACCUGCGUGCGUCGCUGCGCAUGCAAGUGGAGCUCAUCACAUCGGGCUACAUCCGGUACAAGUUCACAGUGAGCACGGAGCACAAGUUUGACGGGCUGCUCUUCUUCCUCGACUCCUCGCCAGAGCCUUUGAUGGGGCUCGAAUCCAACCAGUUCGACCCAAUGGAGGUGCAGAUAAUGCUGGAGCCGGGCAUUCACACGCUGGAGUGGGUUUACUACAAGGACUCCAAGUUCACCAAGGGGAGGGACUCCGCUGCCCUGCAUCUGAUAGAGGUGGGAGGCAUUGAUUACACGGACCGGCAGUGCUUCCCAUGCCAGGCAGGCUUCUACAGUGCUGCUGCUGCUACUGCUGCUGCUGCUGCUGCUGCUGCUGCUGCUGCUGCUGCUGCUGCUGCUGCUGCUGCUGCUGCUGCUGCUGCUGCUGCUGCUGCUGCUGCUGCUGCUGCUGCUGCUGCUGCUGCUGCUGCUGCUGCUGCUGCUGCUGCUGCUGCUGCUGCUGCUGCUGCUGCUGCUGCUGCUGCUGCUGCUGCUGCUGCUGCUGCUGCUGCUGCUGCUGCUGCUGCUGCUGCUGCUGCUGCUGCUGCUGCUGCUGCUGCUGCUGCUGCUGCUGUUCUUGGUGUUGUUGCUGGUGCUGCUGGUGUGCCAUGGUCCAUCUCUCUCGUACGUGUGCGACUUUCGCUCUCUCGUAUUUCUGGCUCUAGCUCCUCUCCUCUAUCUCGCUCCCUCUGCUCUCUCCCCAUCCCUCCCUCCCUUUCCCCUCUGCCACUAAGCCUGCUGCUGCCUGUCUCUCCACCUCCUUUUCCCUGCCUCCUCGACAAUUCUCCAGCUUGCAACGUGACAACCGAUGCCGCCCCUACCUACGGCAACUGUAGCGCAGUGGACAACCAGAGAAUCAAGACCUGGGCAUGGCUCACUCCCCACAUCUGUGCGCCCCUCUCAGAGGACGAGGACCUUCCUGCUGACACGCACGAGCCGUGCCCGCCAUGCCCUUCGGGUCAAUACUCUGUGGAGGACAGCACCACGCGCACCCGACUCUGCCACUUCUGCCCACCGGGCCUGGCACGAAACGCCUCUGUGUCUAAAACAGACAAGGCGUGCCGCAAGUGCCCUCCGGGAGAGGUGGCGGUGAAGGCCCUCACCAUGGAUCACUUUGAGCUGCACCGGGGGAAGCUUCCUGACGGUUUCGUGACCGGGUGCAGCGGGGACUGUGGUUCGCUGGGGUGGAGAGUGGUGAACGGGAAGCUGGACUCUGGCAGCAACCACGGCAAGAGUGCCUCUGUGUGGCUGUCCUAUGACGUCAGCAUGGCAGUGGACGGGCACGUCACAUUCGCCUAUGAUGUGGACAUUCCUCGGGGGGACCUGCAAAGGGGGCUCUUCUUUUAUGUGGAUGACCAGCUUGUGCUGAACAUUGAGGACGACCCGGGUGCUGACUCAGCAGCGCCAGCCGGCCCGACAACCAGCGACACGUGGCCGCUGCCAGCUGGCAACCACAGCCUGAUGUGGAUCUGGGUCACGCUCAACGCUGACAAGGCGAUCGCCAGGCGGGAUUCGGCGGAGAUCCUGGACAUCACCGUGUGGGGCAGCACUGUGGGGGGUGCGCCUGCCUGUGUGCCCAUUCCCCCCGGCACUGCCCCGGAUGCUGCCACCCUUACCUGGAAGGCCUGUCCGCCUGGAGAGUACAGCGAGGGAUCGGGCCUGCCGUGUGUAAAAUGCCCUGCCAACACCUUCAACCCAAGACCCACG